AUGGACCAGUCUGUGGCCAUCCAGGACACUCUGGCGGAGGGCGAAUAUUGCGUCAUCGCCGUACAAGGUACGCUUUGCGAGGGAGACAGCCGGCAGAGCCGCCUCCUGGGGCUCGUGCGCUACCGCCCAGACGACGGUCACCAGGAACACGCUCUCUUCCUGUACACGCACCGGAGGAUGGCCAUCACUGGGGAUGACGUCUCCUUGGACCAGAUAGUGCCGGUCUCACGGGAUUUUACGCUGCAAGAAGUGUCCCCAGAUGGUGAACCCUACAUCCUUGGCUCGGAUGUGACUGUCCAGCUGGACACAGCGGAGCUCAGCCUCGUAUUCCAGCUUCCCUUUGGCUCACAUACCAAGAUGUUCCUCCAGGAAGUCGCCAGGGCCUGGCCAGGCUUCGACGAGACGACCCGAGAUCCCCAGUUCCAGUGGCUGUCUCGAUACAGGUGCGCAGAGCCGGACGCCGAGCUGCCCUCGCCGCGCGGUUGGAACUCGAGCCCUGGAACCUGGCCCCGGUGUGCGAUCAUUGGUGGAGGCAGGUAUCCAUCUCGGAGAGGGAGGUGGGGAUUGGAGGAGGCUGCCUCCCCCCAGGGGGCGGGCUUCGUUCUGUUUGGGGGCGGAGCUAUGGAGCGUACGGACUUGCGAUUGGUGGAGGUGGCAUGCGGGGGCAAUCCCGUCUGCGGGCGGGGCGGGCGGCGGGAUGAAGAGCUUGAGGAAGCUGGCAGGGAAAUGUCUGCCGCUGCCCGCUCUCGGGAGCGCGACUCCGCAGGUGGUUCUAACUUGGACGAUUUAAGGCCGAAAGGGAAAGGUCUGCUUAUGGACCAAAGCUCCAAGGGACAGGAUAAACCAGAAAACUUGCUCACAAGACAGAAUAAAUACAAGUCUGAAAUUACUGACAUGGUUCACUCCUCUACUGUCACAGUAUCAGACAAGGCUCAUAUUUUAUCCAUGCAGAAGUUUGGAUUGAGAGAUACCAUUGUGAAGUCAGAACUGAUACAGAAGGAAGAGGAUUAUACCUAUGUCCAGAACUUCAGGUUUUUCGUGGGAACAUACAAUGUCAAUGGACAGUCCCCCAAAGAAUGCCUCCGCCCCUGGCUGAGCCACAGUGCAGAGGCGCCCGACAUAUAUUGCGUAGGGUUCCAGGAACUUGAUCUGAGUAAGGAAGCCUUUUUCUUUCAUGAUACCCCAAAGGAGGAGGAGUGGUUUAAAGCCGUAUCAGAGGGUCUUCACCCAGAUGCCAAGUAUGCAAAGGUGAAGCUCAUCCGGUUAGUUGGAAUUAUGCUGCUCUUGUAUAUCAAACAGGAACAUGCAGCAUUUAUCUCAGAAGUGGAAGCUGAGACUGUGGGAACAGGGAUCAUGGGAAGGAUGGGUAACAAAGGCGGCGUGGCCAUCAGGUUCCGGUUCCACAACACCAGCAUCUGCAUUGUGAAUUCUCACUUGGCAGCCCACACAGAAGAGUACGAGAGGAGGAACCAGGACUAUAAAGACAUCUGCUCUCGAAUGCAGUUUUGUCAGGUCGACCCCAGCCGCCCCCCUCUCACCAUCAGCAAGCACGAUGUGAUCUUGUGGCUGGGGGACCUCAACUACAGGAUAGAAGAGUUGGAUGUGGAAAAGGUGAAAAAGCUCAUCGAAGAGAAGGCCUUUCAAACCCUGUAUGCCUAUGAUCAGCUGAAAAUUCAGGUGGCUGCAAAGGCUGUCUUCGAGGGCUUCACAGAAGGGGAGCUCACCUUCCAGCCUACCUAUAAGUACGAUACUGGCUCUGACAACUGGGACACCAGCGAGAAGUGUCGAGCCCCUGCCUGGUGCGACCGGAUCCUCUGGAAAGGGAAGAACAUCACUCAGCUGAGUUAUCAGAGCCACAUGGCCCUGAAGACCAGUGACCACAAGCCUGUCAGCUCGGUGUUUGACAUCGGGGUGAGGGUCAUCAAUGAAGAGCUUUAUCGGAAGACUCUGGAGGAAAUUGUUCGCUCCCUGGAUAAAAUGGAAAAUGCCAACAUCCCCUCUGUAUCCCUCUCUAAGAGAGAGUUCUGUUUCCAGAAUGUGAAAUACAUGCAAUUGCAAGUAGAAUCCUUUACAAUUCAUAAUGGACAAGUGCCCUGCCAGUUUGAAUUCAUCAACAAGCCUGAUGAAGACUCUUAUUGUAAGCGGUGGCUAAGUGCCAGCCCCAGCAAGGGUUUCCUCCUGCCAGAUUCUGACAUUGAGAUUGAGUUGGAGCUCUUUGUGAAUAAGACCACAGCUACAAAGCUCAACUCCGGUGAAGACAAAAUUGAGGACAUUCUGGUUUUGCACUUGGAAAGGGGAAAGGAUUACUUUCUGUCUGUGUCUGGGAACUACCUGCCCAGCUGUUUCGGGUCUCCCAUUCAUACGUUGUGCCACAUGAGGGAGCCGAUCCUAGACCUGCCACUUGAGACUGUUAGUCAGCUGACACUGAUGCCAGUGCACACUGAAGAUGAUGGGAGCCAGCUGGAGAGACCCAUGGACAUCCCCAAAGAGCUCUGGAUGAUGGUCGAUUACCUGUACAGAAAUGCUAUGCAGCAGGAAGAUCUGUUUCAGCAACCAGGCCUGAGGUCUGAAUUUGAACAUAUCAGGGACUGUUUGGAUACUGGGAUGAUUGAUAACCUCUCUGCUAGCAAUCAUUCCGUAGCCGAAGCCUUGCUGCUUUUCCUGGAGAGCCUGCCAGAGCCUGUCAUCUGUCACAGCGCCUACCAUAACUGCUUGGAGUGUUCUGGCAACUACACAGCAAGCAAACAGGUAAUUUCUACUCUUCCCACAUUCCACAAAAAUGUCUUCAACUACUUGAUGGCCUUUUUGCAAGAGUUGCUGAAAAAUUCAACAAAGAAUCACUUGGAUGCGAAUAUCCUAGCUAGCAUAUUUGGAAGCUUACUGCUUCGAAACCCGGCUGGUCAUCAAAAGCUUGAAAUGGCAGAAAAGAAGAAGGCCCAAGAGUUUAUUCACCAGUUCCUCUGCAACCCACUCUGAGCCGGUCUCCUUCUUGCUUUACCUGAGGCAAGCAAUCACUAGCCCCACCUGUUUCAACUCCAGUGAUGCCACCUGGCAGGAAGAAUGGCAGCUGCCUGUUUGCUGAGCCACGCCACCUUUCUCUCGCCGUUGGUUAGCACACGCAGUGCUACUGUGAGUUGUGACGACGUGGGAAAGAGCCACCAUAAUAAAACUGACACUUGAUGUUCUCACCCUUAGUUCUUUAACACGGAUAAUUUCUACUCAUUUUUUAUUUAAGAUAAAAUUAAAAAAAAAAAAUUGUACUUGUGCUCACUCAACCAGUCUCCAGGGCAUAGUCAGUGCCUUCCCUGUUGCCUGGCCUGCGCACCCCAUGAUCAGAUAUUUGAACACGUUUUGGAGUCCUGAAAGGAGGAUGAAUUGGACAGCAAGGACACGAGGUGCUGCUGGACCAACAGGCCGGGGCCACCCCAGACACUUCUUCCAGGGUUCUGAGGACACGGGUAUACGCACAAGGAAACUCUACCCCCUUCCUGCCCAGACAUGGCUGGUCACUCAGCCUCUGAGGGCAAUGCAGUGGCUUACAAAUGUCAGCACUGAGGCAAUAGGUGUUCUGGUGAAGCAAGUGGGAAUUUCUGGGCCAGCAAAUCCUCUGUCAUGUAAAUAAUGCAUACUCUCACAUGUGUAAUAUAUUUUAAUGAUAAAUAUAUUUUUA